GGAUAGUGCUGGGGGCAGCUCUACCGGUUACCCUCUUGGUGUCAACGGGAUUGAUUUGUCUGCUGGUUCGACGUGCAAGAUACCGUCGUGCCAUGCGGCGGAAACUCAUUUACAAAACCAAAGGACCGCAAAGAACAUCCAGUUGUCAUGAUACAACUCCGUUAGAACGCAGUGCCGACGUCCAGCAGCUGCUUAACAGCGAAAGCGUCAAGGCUCGCGAAACCGCACUGCAAAAUUUACAAAUUUCGAAUAUGAUUUUGGGCCGAGGAACAACAAGCAUAGUUAAGAAAGGCGUGGCCACUGGCCUCUGCGGCUGCUCUGAAUCUAUCGACGUGGCAGUGAAAACAGCCCGGGACAAGAGCGAUCCAGUAGAAAACCGACAACUGCUACAGGAAUUGAAAAUUAUGGCCGCGAUGCGGCACGAUGAGCACAUUUUGCAGCUAUUGGGAGUAGUAUUACAAGGGGACCUUCUCCUGGUUCUCGAAUACUCCAAGUUUGGUUGCCUGAAGAAUAUUUUGAAAACUCGUGGAAUCGAACGCUUCUACAACCAUGUAGGCGCGGAGGGUGAGAUCCUUCCGUACGAUGAUGAUGAAGCGGAGCGGAUUAAACUGGCCGCCGACAGAAUGGUAGUGCGACGUGACGAAGCGGAUGACUUCGACGGGGAGAUCAUGUCCACACAAACGCUCCUGAAUUUCGCUUACCAAAUCAGUCAGGGCAUGCAGUUUCUCAAUACCCUGUACAUCGUGCAUCGCGAUCUCGCGGCACGGAAUAUCCUGAUUUGCGACGGAUAUGUGGCAAAGAUAUCGGAUUUCGGAAUGGCUCGGAUGGGCACCGACUGCGUUGUCGAGGAUCCCAAGGAAGCGCUACCGGUUCGCUGGAUGCCACCGGAAGCCAUCAUGGAGAAACUCUAUUCGGAGAUGUCGGAUGUGUGGGCGUUCGGCGUUCUCCUCUGGGAAAUGUUUAGCUUAGGUGCUCUUCCAUAUGCGGAAAUCAAUGUAACCACCGGCAAUAAAAUUUCGGAUUUCCUUACAUCCUUAAGGACGGGAUUUCGCUUGGACAGGCCAGCAGCAUGUCCAAAUGCCAUAUACAAUUUAAUGGGGCAAUGCUGGCAACUCACACCUGAUGAUCGCCCGCAGUUCGGCUGUCUCACCGAAAGUUUGCGAGGCGUAUUGGAAGAUGCUUGCACACAGAUCUAUCACCGCCUGGACUAUCGAUGCCUCCACUCCGUUGCGGCCGUAAAAGGUGGAUGACGAACAUUUGUGUACAUUUAUGUAUUACUCUGCCCAUAAGA